AUGGCCAACCACUUACAGAACAAACAGUUAGGCACAGAGUUCUCAAUCCAGUUGGCCAAGGUUUAUAAUGCCAUUUCGGUCAAAACGCAGGACGAAUAUGAUCAGAAACUAACACAGAUCGCUUCGGAAGACAGUGAUUUAGGUGGGUUAUGUUUUAAAAUAUUAAAAUUUUAAACAGAAGUUUUCUUACAGAAGUUCAGUAAGAAGCGAUAAAUUAGGGCGCAGGUAUAAGCAGAGUUUCCAACGGUCCGUGGAGCCGCCACGAGUAUUUAUAAAAAAAAGUGAAGCCGGCACGAGUACAGUAGAACCUCCGUUUAAGGAACUUUUAUAUAACAAAACCUUCGUAUAACGAACAACUUUUGAAUCCACGCUAUCAUUACACAGUGCAUUUUCAACCCCUCUAUAACGAAACCUCUACAUAACAAACAAAUUUUAAUUUCCCUAGCGAUUCAUUAUACAGAGAUUCCACUGUUUUGUAAAUUUGGGAGCUCUGGGUAUGAAAAAUGAGUAUUUUGUGGUGCUUAAAGCUAGGCCUACUGUUAGGCAUUUUACCUUUAUAUAAUGUAUUAGGGAACCAAUUGUAAACGCAGACCUACUAGAAAUAACUUUGAAUUUUGUAAUACAAAUAUAAAAGUAAAAACACAUAAAAUGAGUCAUAAUGAAUGUCAAGUUGUGUAUAAUAAUUUUUAAAUUGAUUAUACAUCUACAAACAUUAAAUUUACUUUUUUAAAUAUUAUUUUUUGAAAAAUAAUUUUAACACAAUCUUUAUAUGAAAUUAAAAGUAAAAUACGAUAUAUGCUGUUGCUGGUAGAAAAAAAUACAUUUGAGCUCUAAUAUAACAAAUUGCGCAAGAAUUUUAAAAUUUUUGUCUUGGAACAGGUUUGUUACAUAUACACUAGUUCCUCUGUGUAAAAAAUUGUAAAAUACGGCUGAAAAUAUAAUUGUGAAUUAAAUUAUUUAAAAAAUGCAUAAAAAUAUAUUUUUGAUACCUUAAUUUUAGGAGAAGUAGUAAAAGAAUUGGCAGAAGCCUGGAAUGAAUGGGAAGCGUUCUUGGAGUCAGUAGAUGAUGCGAUACAAAAAGUGGCUGGACCUCAUAGUCCGCGAUCAGUCGAUAGUAAGUUGACAUCUACAAGUUUACUGAUGGCUAUACUCACAUCUAGGUGCUAGGCCAUUUUUAAAUUAAAAAAGGGUCAAAUACCAAUAGUACCGUCCAUACUGUUACUAUAUCAAACCUAUAUCAAUACCUAUACCAAGACCUAUAUCAAUACCUAUACCAAGACCUAUAUCAAUACCUAUACAACCCCAUUUCAGACAUAAAACUAGGCAGUAAAGACAAAGCCAAAGGCCAAGGCACCCUACUAUCGUACGUCCAGAACAGUCCCUACAGUAUGAUGUUCAUCGAAGUGGUUUACUCGUUUAGUUCACCACACUGUGCUGAACAUGUACUCAAGAUGUACGAAAAGCUACCAGAGUUUCAAGCCCUCGACUGUGACAUUCUUUUACUUACGAAAUCAAGUGGCAGAGGUCAGUGAAAUUCUAUACCUAUUAACUAUGCGUAAACAUACGAACAUACUGGGUCAUACGAAACAUGUAAUAGGGUUGAGACUUAGCUGAGGUCUUUAAUUUUUACAAUGUAUAUAAAAGUUACAGUACUUUUUGGCUAAAAAUACAAAAUUUUGUCUAAAAGUAUAGCAAAAAACAGCUGGUUAGUAACUUACAUUGCUCUUUUCGUAACAUACGACAUUUUCGAAUGUGCGACAGAUAAGAUAACGUCGGUUGUAAACUGCCAUUAUUAAUUUACCUUGAGAAUUGGGUGGUCUAAAACAGUUUUAAAGCUAGAGAAGCUUACUUACAGUCAAAAAAGGGUUAAUAUACUAAUAUAAUACAGUCUAAAAAAGGCAAAAGUAUGUUUAUGAUAAAGGUAAUGUGACAUAGCGCUAAGGCUAGGGAUACGGCCAAAGUUAAGAUUAAAGCUAUAGACAGGCUCAAGUUCCAGCCAAUGCUAAGGAAAGCUAAUGACUAACAUCAAAUCUAGAUCAAAAGCUACGUCCACCCUUCCCAUCGCCCGGGCCUGCCCAUGACACAAGUUAUACCUACCAUAAAACGAAUGCCAAAACCUUAAAAGUGCAAAUUAAUAUAAAACUGAUAAGCUGUUAAUAAGUGUGACACACUUAAUCUAAUUUUAGUUUUUAAACUAGUUUCAAAAAAUUUUUAAAAAACUGAAACUAUGUAAAGUCGGGUAGUUUAGUAUCACUGAUAACAACCUGUGAUAAGUUUACUAGUGAUAACAUUAUUUGAUAAAUUAAAACUUUAAGCUCUCAAAUAAACGAAUCUGGUUUUUCUUCAUUUCAAAUUUACGCAAUUUGGUUGCGCAAUUUUGAAAUUUAAAUAUCUUUUGAGCUGAAUUAGUAGUGGCAAGAUGUAGGUGAAGAGGUAAAGGGGUGAAAAUGUGGAUUUGAGUGAAAUAGGUAAGAUAUAAAAGCAUAGUGUAGGCUUUAUAAAAGUUAUAUUACUUUCUCUUUCAAUCAAAAAAUAUUUUUUUUUAUAAAUUGGCAAGUUUUAGGUAAAAAAACCAACUGCUGAGGCUAAGACUAUAUCUAAUAAUUGAAUAAAAAAACUUUCUAAAUAAAAAAUAAAUUUUAAUUUGAACGCCAAGUUAUUAAAAAGAAUAGUCAUCAUUUUUAGUUAAGGUAACAUUAUCCCAGUUCUAAAUUUGAUCCUUUACGUCUGUAAAAAGUUGUCAAAAGUACGGGCAAACUUGUCAUAACACACUUUUUUGUUAUAGCAAUAAGAAAAUAUAGUUUUGCAAUAAACUAACAAGGUACAAUCUAAAAAAUGUAAAAUACGAUGUCAAAAAACAUGGAUAAAAUAACCGAGUAGGGUCCAAUAUUUCUGCCUGGUCCACGGACCGUGCCUUGGUUUUGGGGCCCGGCUUUCAAGCUCACCUGAGUCAACUUGGCCCAACAACCUUAAAAUUUGUUUCGGUCGAGCGUGGACCUAGUAUAUUCUUGUUUAGGUCUAUUUCCACUAUAUAUUUACAUUUUUCAGAAGGCGGAGGUUUUCUAAAACUGGUCGGAGUGCCAUUUCGACUAUUAUUAGACGAAGAGCAGAGUUUGGCUAGAAUCAUACAGCACCGUCAGUCUGCCAUCUCAAUAUCUGGUAAAAAGGCGAUUCAUUUGGUAUGUUUUUUAUGUAAAAUACGAAAAAAAAACUCUCGAGCCUUCCAAAACGUAAAGUCCAAUGUUUCUCUCAAAACUUUUUGACUAACUAACCUAUAAAUACCCUUUAGAUAUAUGUAAUAGCAACUUUAGUAGACUACAAGUUAAAAAUCCAAUUUGAAGAUUAAUUACUGUGCUUUUAAAUGCACUUUUAGUUGCAAUUUAAGCAUGUUUUUAAACAUUUUAUACGAUAGACGUUCAUCAAAAAGUAAUUGAGUUGCUAAUAGGUAGCUAGUUCUAUAUAAUCAAGAAUAAAACUUUUAACUGUUUCUUCUCAAAUUAGCUGAUAAAACUUUUUUAUAAUGAAAAAAAAAGAUUUUAAGGUUAGGACAAAGGCUUAACUCAAGUCUAACGGCUAAAGCCAACGGUGAAGCUAAAGCAAUAGUUUGAGCUAGGGCUAGAAAUAAGUUCAACAACGUUUAUGAAAAGUUUUAAAUUUAAAAACUGAAUUCAAAAAAAUCUCUACCCUUCCCUACCCUACCCUAUCUUUCCCUACCCUAUCCUACCUUACCUUAACUUGUAAUAACAUCAAAUUUAUUAUUCUUUGAGACAAUAAAACGAACUUUCGAGUAAAUUACUUUUCAACGUAUUACAGUGUAAUUUUUUGGAUUUAUGAGCGAAUCAAGCAGUCUUUAUUACUUUUUUACUGAAGUUUUAAAAAGUAAUGUAGUUGACUUUUUGUACUUUGAUUACAAUUCUUUUUUUACUUAUUUUGACUUUCUGAAAUUCAAACAACUAUUUUAACGUGCACUGUGCAGUUUAGUAAAACUUCAAAAAAAAAAUAAAAAUUUUUUUUAAUGCCAUUCUUAAAUAUAUAUAAAGUAAUAUAUAAGAUAGCCAGAUAACAAUCCCUGCAAAACCUCAAAAUCGUAUAGUAACUCUACUAUAACAUAACUCAUAUACGUUUCGUAUGACAUAACCAAAGUAAUAAAACUCUCGAGCUUUUCGUUUUUUGCCAUGUUUUCCAACCCGCCGGGCAUUAAUUUAUCAUAAAACAUGGUUCAAUUGGUCACUUUAAUUGUUUUAAACUUUCAAAGUGCACUUUUAUUAGUAUCAAGUCAUACGUAACGUAUAUGUGGACAUAGCAUGUGAUGUUUGGCUCGGAAACUGAAUUUUAAAUUUUUGGGGCAAAAACUAAUUUGAAAAAAAACUUAAAAUUAUCAUAAAAUGGUUUUUUUAUAAAAAUUAUUAAAAUUGCUUGCCCAGAGCCUUAGCCAUAACCCAUAGCCUUACCCUAGCCCAGAGCCUUAUACCAGAGCCUUAGCCCAGAACUCUGACUUUUACUUUAACCCUAGCCUAAGCUCUAUUUCUAGCCUAAAUUCUAGGCCUAGCUCAAGUUUUAUUUUUAGUUUUAGCGCUUUUUCCUCAACCUCUAACCUUGUCCUACCCUUAUCUAAAAGGUUGCACAGUGCAGUUAUUAAAAUUCAAAAAAUCGCAACGUCUGAACAGUCGGACUACUUUUACUAAAGUUUUCAAAAAAGCCAUUUUACAAAGUUUUCUUUACAAUCCAAAAUUUUAAAUUUUUUAUUAUUAAUUGUCGAAACGGUCAUUUUAUUGUUAAAAAUUGCACGGUGCAAAUGGAAAAGCAGACAAAAGCUUACUUUUCAAUUUUUAAAAACAAAAAAAAAUCAAAAAAAAAUCGAAAUAUAUUUUUAAAAAUCUAAAAUUAACAUCUAAACAAAUAAAUUUUAAAAAAUUAAUAAUUUAUAAAUACAAAAGUUAAAACUGUAGCUCAAAAGUCUACAAUAACAUCAAUGGUUUAAAAAAAUAAAUAAAACGCAGUAAACGGGUGUUUGUUGUAAUGCCGGAAAAGAGUUUGAUUUGCUUAAGAAACCAGUUUUCGAAUUGUGACGCAAUCCAAAAAGUUCUCGGAAUGACCGCAGGAUGCGCCCGAAUUCAUUGCACCGUGCAGAUUAUGAUUGUCCGACAAAUUUUGAAAAUAAAAAUAAAAUUUUUCGAAAAUUUAAAUUUUUAUAAACAUACGAGCUUUGAAGACGACUUUUUUAAAAUUUUUACAUUUUUUUCUAUUAUAAAAUGGCACAAACAUUUUUUUUAAUUCUGCACCUUGCAGAGUUUGAUAGUCCAAAAAAUUUAAAAAAAAUUUUUUUUGAAAUUUAUAUUUUUUAUGAAGGGUAGGGCUGUGGAAACGACGUUUUGGAUUUAUUUCACUUUUUUCUCUAUUAUAAAAUGGCAGAACACAUUUUUUUCGAUUCUGCACCGUGCAGAUUUUUUUAAUAGCAGAGAAAUUGUUUUUAGUGUUGCACUGUGCAGUGAUUAAAAUUCAAAAAAUCGCACUGUGCAAAAAGUAAAAAAAAAUUAAAUCCCAGCUUUGUAAAGCUUACGUAACGCCACUAACCGUGAAAAAAAUCCAGUUUUGGUCAAAAAAGUAUAGAAUAUUAAAGUGAAGUGAAAGUAACAUAUCACGUUUAUAUGACAGAAAUACGAUGGUAAAGGCACUCAAGUUAUAAUACUCUUAAACGACAAUAGUCAAAAGGCUUCAAGUGAAAAAUCAAAAUUUGUUUAGGCUUCUUUUUUAAGUUGCGAUUUGUUUAAAUUUCAACAAGGUGAUCAUUGAAUAGGAGUUGAAAGGUUGAUUUUUAGUGGUAAAAACGUUGCAUAUAUGUAGGUAAUACUAAACAAUAAAUCAGGACUAAAACAAUAAAAGUUUUUAAAAUACGUUGCUAAAAGUGUGGUCUAAACAUCUUGAACAUAUAAUAAAUUAAGGUGCUCAAAUAACUGUGGCUCUCUAGCACAUUUCCAAGGUUAACAGGCACAUAAUUAUUUGAACAACUUAGUAGUAGCCAAAGGCACGAUUAUAAAUGAUAAAAAAAAUUGUUAAAGUUAAUAUUAUUAAUCUAUUCAUCAGUUCUGUGAGGGGGACAAAAACAAGGAAGAGGUAGAUGAGACGAAGCGGUUUGAUGUUAAGGUAGGGGCUCAAAAAUACUGAACAGGUAGCUAGCUACAUUUUUUUUUCAAUUUUGUUUCAAUUUUUUUUGGAUAUUUACAAGGGAAUAGGGUAAAUUGACAAAUCAUUAGAAGGUGAGGGCGGAUUUGAAAAAAAGUUUUUUAUGUUGUAAAAGCGAUAUUGCAGUACUGCAACGUCAUUAUUAAAAAAGCCUUUUGAUAACAAUCAUGGACGGGCAGGUGGUUUUUACCUGGGUGUGGGAGAGGGUAAAAAACGGCCUUUAUUAAAAUUUUUUUAAAUUUAAAAAAAAAUUAACAAAGUGGACUAGACCCUAAAGAAAGCUCAAUAGGCUCGUAUAACAAGCCAAAAAAAAUGACCCUGACUUUUUAAAGGCCUGGGGUAGAACAAAUUUUGGCUUUUUUAAAAAAAAAUCUCUGUCUUACCCUACCUUACCUUACCUUAGCCCUUUGUGCCCUGCCUUCAUCUACUCUACCCUAGCCUUCCCUACCCUGCUUUCUCCUACCCUCACCUUUCCUCUACCGCCUCCUCCUUGGCCUUCUGUCUAUAAAGCCAAUCAUCACUACUAUUAAAACUUUGAUUUUACUGUAUUUUUUAAACAGUGACCCCUAUCUUUCGAAACUACCGUACCUUUCCUUUCCGUCCUUGCCCCAUUACCACAUAAUCAAGUUUUACAAAAAGCGGAUUAACAAACUCAUCCAUUACGAAUACAUUACCUUACAACGCAAAAAGAGGGAAAAGUUAUUGAAUCCGGUUCCAGUUUUUUUUUGUUUUUCUCGCGGCUCUUGAACUACUGCCUCCGCUACCAACCUCUACAUUGUAAUAACACUGGGUGUUCAAACAACACAGACAAUGUGCUACAGCAUUAGCCAAGCCUUUUUUGUUUAGGCUUAAUUAGGUUCUUAUUUAGGCUUGAGUUUUAAAAAAACAUUGAGUUUCGAAAACUUUUAAUGUUACAGUAACUUUACAGUAAGACUAAUACAACUUACAGUAAGACUAAUACAACCUUUUCAGCUAGCCGAGAUAUCAUCCGAUGACAAACUAAAAGUUGGAAAUGAAGAUUGUGGUGAAUUUGGCCAACAAGGUGUUGUAAUACUGCUUGAUACUGAUGGUAAUGUACUCUAUCAUAAAGCAUGUGAUCAAGAAACUGACUGGCCUAAAGUCGAUGAGUUACUGGACUCGGUAAGGGCAUAAGUAUAUGUAUAAGUAGACCAGUAUAUCUAUAUGUAUCUGCUUACCAGAUACAUAACUGAACACAAACCCAGAACAAUAUCAUCUAAUUUUAUGACAAAACUUUAUUUCCAGUCGAUUACAACAAAAAAUCGCUUUUUACAACUCUAUUAAUGACUUACUCCGACUUUUACGUUGUAAAGUUUACUUUGUAGCAAAAACAAUGUGAAUUCAAUUGCCUUUUUCAGGUGAAGAAGAAAAACCCAAAUCCGAAGCCGGCUUCAACGCCGGCCCAAAAGUCGGCGGACGAAGGAAAAAAGCCGGAAAAAGAAACGGUCGAUAAUAAUGUGCCUGUAGGCAAGAAAAAGUGUUGUGUCAUUCUAUAA